AUGCUGCGUUACUUCAUUCCCAUACCUAAAACCAAAAAGAUUGAUUUCGGGGAUGUGUUCAAGUUUACGCAAAAGGGAACGGAAACUGAAAUUGACAUAAGCUUGUACCGUAAAAAAGUGGAGGAUUCAAUCAACAGAAGCUUCUAUGGAGUUGAGGCUAUUGUUAGAGAGGACCUUGUUAGCAUUAAACAAUACCUUUAUAUACUCCGACGUUUAGUAGACCAUAUGAAUAAGCCUUUUACUAAAGAACUCAACAAUCGUUUCAUUAAAACUCUCAAGUUACAAUGGAGCAGUGGUUUGAACUUAGAUUGCAAGUCUUCAAAUGGUCUAAGCCUUUCGAGUAUAUUUCAGCUUAAAUCAAGAAUAUUCUUUCAAUCUAGUGAUAUAAUGUUUGAGAUUUAUAUGAUACUAUUUAUCUACGCUCUAAAGCUGAGAGAGAAAGCAAUGUUGUUAAUCUCCACAGAUAUGGUGGAAACCACAAAGGCAUAUAGAGAAGCAGCUGGUGUUUUUGACUAUCUAUGUAAGAUAGGUCGUCCUGAUUAUUCAUCUAUCAAGAAGUUUCCGGAAUUAACAUCUCCCGUUUGCUCCUUUUUGAAGCUCCUUUGUUUAGCUGAAGGACAGGCUGUGACGGCAAAUAAGGCCGAAGAGAAGGGAACAAGUGCAAGUCUAGUGGCAAAGCUCCAUUACGGUGUAACGCAAUUUGUUGCGGAAGCCAAUGCUUCUCUCUUAUCCAAAACAAACACCCAAGUUAAAGAAAUCUCGUCCCAAUUUUCGAAUUAUGUAUCGACAUUGGGUGCUUUGCACGAGCUAAAGAGUGGAAAACACUUAGCUGAAAGCUUGGAAUCAGACGGGGAAUUAGGAGAAGCCAUCGGAGUCUUGAGCCGUGCGUUGGCCAGAGCGAAAAUGACGACUCAGUUCCGGGAUGACACGUGGAAAUCGAUCUUCAAGAAGGAGAGAGAGCAGGUGACUACAAUGACGAACAAGUACGAGCGUUUAAACAAUUCCAUGAUGCUUCAGCUUAUCCCUUUAGAAGCUGACUUGCCUACUCUUCAAGGUGAUAAGAUUGUAAAGCUAAUCCCUUACAUUCACCAAAAAGAGACGAACUUAACUUUGAGUUCUUGUAAGAUAUCAAAUUGA